AUGUUCAUUUUUCAGCUGGCGGACGUGGACUUUAGCCAAAUGCGUGAUGGCGAACAAAGCGUUCGUCAAACGAAAUUGGAGCUAAAGCUGUCGCAAAACCCGCUACGUUUCGGAAAGUCUGCCUCGGGUCUCAUCAGUGAUGAUGAUAUCUCCGGCCGAUGUGUUACUAAUUACGAGCCCAUCCAAGAUGCAGAAGGCAGAGUCCUGGUUCGAAGAACAAAAUCUGUCUCAGAAUGCUCUAGAAGGUAUGCAAGCGAGCUCACACCGAACUCCGCGGAUCCAAGCUUGUUCAAGGCAUUAAUUGAGUCGAGGACGGUCAGUGGAGUUCAGACCUGUGAUCUUACGCCUGAUGCGGACGGUUUCCUUUCGUCGGUGGAAUGCUCUGAGAGGUUAACGAUUGAUGGUGGUUUUGGUGCCGGAUCCAGCCAACUGAACAGACUCUCGAUGGCCAGCAAGUUGGUGCGCCUUUCGACUACCAAUUCGGGCCCACUGACACCGGAUAAGGGCAUUACCUUCCGGCGCACAGCUUUCGCCCCCUCCCCUUCGCCGGUACCGACGGCAAAACGAGAAUACCGAGAAAUCAACGAGGCAGUGGAGCUGAUUGCGGUCAUGCUGCGGACGGACAAUUGGAGUGGAGCUGCAAAUUUCCUCAAACUUAUUGAGAUACUGCGUUCUUUCAGUUUGGAGGAGUUCAGUGAGCUCUACUCCAUGUUCGCAAAAAACAACGAAGCUUUGUACGUGCACUCAUUUGCAAUCAAGUUCUUUUUUGUUUUCUCUGAUUUAAUGUGCCUUUUUGAGAAACACCUCCGCUGUUGUAUACGACCGAGGAGUUGUGAUGUGCAAUCAUCAUAG